AUGGCACCUCAGGAACAUGACAAAAGUAAGACACAUUUUUACAGAAUCAUAUGCAACAAUUGUAAAUGUUCACGUUACUCUCACGAUAUUUAUCAUCAAAAUUUUGUGGAUGUAAAAGAUAGAAUUGGUUUCAAUGAUUUAUCAAAUGCAAAUAAAAUCAAUUUAAAAGAAAUAACACUAAAUGAAGGAUAUUCUUGGAUACCAUUUGGAUUGACUACUGAAAAAAUUAAGGAAUAUUUCCUACAAAUUCCAUCACGAAAAGUUCCCCGUUUAGGAACUGUAGGAGAGAACUAUCGAAAUCAACAACUGAUGUUGCAAUUACCUAAACAGGAUUUUGCUUUGAGAUAUUGCAAAUUUUUCGAUUACGAUUAUCAAAAUAACUUUUAUGAUUUCAAAAACGAAAGAGAUAAAAAUGCGUUAGAUAUUGGAUAUGUAAAAGAAGUCAUAGAAAGCUCAACGAAUUGUUAUCAUUGUAAAAAACUUGUGACUCAAGGGAGUCUUGUAAUAAUUGCACCCAAAUUUGGAGAGAGAAUUUGCUGGCAUCCAGUUUGUUUCAUAUGUUGUAUAUGUAAAGAAUUGUUGGUAGAUCUGGUAUAUUGCUUGAAAGAUCAUAAAUUAUAUUGCGAACGCCAUUAUGCAGAAGUGUUUAGACCACGUUGCGCAGCUUGUGAUGAGCUUAUCUUUGCCAGAGAAUGUGUCAAAGCAAUGCAAAAAGAUUGGCACGUAACACACUUUUGCUGUGAAAAAUGUGAUAAUUCUCUCAGUGGACAAAGCUUCGUAAUUAGAGAGGAACAUCCAUACUGUAUCCAAUGUUAUGAGACAGAAUUUUCAAAUAUCUGCGAUGAAUGUGGGAAAAUAAUUGGAAUUUAUUCAAAAGAUCUUUCUUAUAAAAACAGACAUUGGCACGAAGAAUGUUUUGUGUGUUGCAAAUGCCACGAAAAACUUAUCAAUAAGCAAUUUAUAUUAGAAGAAAGAAAUAUUUAUUGUAGCACUUGUCAUGAUACCCCCCAAAGCAGCAAGUGUCAAGGAUGCAAUGAAGUUUUUCAGGCUGGUAUUAAGAAAGUGGAAUAUAAAAGAAAGCAAUGGCAUGAAAAGUGUUUCUGCUGCAACAUAUGUCAAAAUCCAAUCAGAAUUGAAAAUGUUAUUCCAAAAGACAAUGAAAUCUAUUGCAGCUCUUGUUAUGAACAAAAAUUCUUUGUAAAAUGUAUUAAAUGCAAACAUAUAAUUACAAGUGAUGAAUUGAAGUAUCGUAAUGAAUCAUGGCAUACGGAUUGUUUUUGUUGUACUAAUUGUCAGAUAAAUCUUGCUGGACAACAGUUUACUUCACACAACGAGAAACCUUAUUGUUUUGAAUGUUUCGUUGAGAUGUUUGCCAAACAAUGUACAGCCUGUAAAAAGCCUAUUUUCAAAACCGGAGGAACCCGUUUUGUAUCUUUUGAAAAUCAAGCCUGGCAUCCCGACUGCUUUUUGUGUACUAAAUGCAAUAAAUCAUUGGUCGGAAAAGGAUUCAUAAGUGAUGGAUCAUCUAAAAUGUGUCCCGAAUGUGCAAAUUAAAACGUUAUGAAAAUUAUACAAA